ACUCAACUUGCUUCCUCUGUUUUUGAACUCCCAAAGAUUGUGGUGAAAACAUGUCUGAUACAGAUGAUAUAAUAGAAGAAUAUGAGGAAGAAGAUAAAGUGUCAGAAAAUGAAGGGGGAGAGGAGGAGCCUGAAGAAGAUGGUAAUGAAGAAGAAGUAAAUGAAGAGGAAGAAGAGGAGUCAAAACCUAAACCAAAGCUCUUUAUGCCAAAUUUGAUACCUCUAAAAAUACCAGAUGGAGAAAAAGUGGAUUUUGAUGAUAUACACAGGAAGCGAAUGGAAAAGGAUCUUACUGAACUGCAGACACUUAUUGAGGUUCAUUUUGAAAGUCGGAAGAAGGAGGAGGAGGAACUUCAAGCCCUGACAGAAAGAAUGGAAAAAAGACGAGCCGAACGAGCAGAACAGCUAAGGAUUCGAACAGAAAGGGAAAAAGAGAGGCAAGCUAGAGUUGCAGAAGAGCGUGCACGUAAGGAAGAGGAAGAAAAUAGAAAGAGAGCUGAGGACGAUGACAGGAAAAAAAAAGCAUUUUCCAACAUGCUUCACUUUGGGGGUUACCUUCAAAAGACAGAAAGAAAAGUCGGAAAGAAACAGACAGAAAGAGAGAGGAAAAAGAUGAUUCUAGCAGAAAGAAAAAAAACACUAAAUAUUGAAAACCUGAAUGAAGACAAACUGAGGACAGAAGCUCAGCAUCUCUUUAACAGAAUUUAUCAGAUAGAAGCCGAAAAGUUUGAUCAUCAGGAUACAUUUAAGAAGCAGAAAUAUGAGAUUAAUGUUCUACGGAAUCGAGUUUCGGAUCAUCAAAAGCUUAAGAGUAAGAGCUCCAAAGGUCCCAGAGCAGGCAAAGGAAUUCUUGGAGGAAGAUGGAAAUAAGCAUGAGAGAGGAGACAAGACCUCAUUGACACCUGGGAUGUGGGAUCCACUCUUCCACACAUUUAUAUGUAUACAUUUGCAAAUCACAUUAUACAUAUAUUUAUGUAUAUCAGAUAUUUAGUUAAAUAAUGUAAUAAUAAUAAAAUAAUGAAUUUAAUUCUAAAGCUAGUUUGCAAUGUUACGAUUUAUGGACAUUUAGAAAAUAUUAUGUAUCCUUGUGUGUAUAAUUUCGGGUUUUGAAUGAAUAUAAUCCUAAAGCUAAUUCUCAGACUGUGAAAGUCAGGGUGAUAUCCACAUCAUGUUUAGUUAUUUCAUCUGGUCUAAAACUCGUCUUCAAAGAUAUUCUACACCUGAAAUGUAUUCAAGUUUGUUUGGUUCCUACAAUACUGCAAUAAAGUGUGUCAAAGUUA